AUGCUUCGCGAUGGGUGUGUUUUGUUGUUUCUGAUGGUUUUCAUCACGAUUGCGCGAGCAACAGGUAAAAACGUGACCUGUUGGGAGUUGCCAUGUCGACAAAACCGAUACCACUUCGACUGUUGUAUCCGACAGUUAGAGAUCGACGAUCGGACCGCGAUCGAGUAUGCGAACUUUGCCAAACAGCAGUACAUCCUGUUGGAGGACAGCAACAUCUACACCGUUUCACCGCAGCUGUUUGAGCUGAUGACGGAUGCCAAAAUGCUGGAGAUAUCGGGAGGCUUCGUACCGUGGGUACACCUUCAACCGUCCAUUACGGUGCUGAUAAUCUACGACAGUCAGACGAAGAAGAUCUUUAUCGAUCCGGGGGAGAAGAAGAAGUACCGUUUGAUUUGGUUGGAAGUUCGAAAUGUUACAAUGAAAGAAAUUCCAGCGAAUUUGAAUCAGUUGAGGAAUUUGGAGCACAUUGGACUGGUGUCGGCUGGAAUUGAGUUUCUGGUGAUGGAUCAGUUCGAUGGGUUGAACAAACUGGAGGAGCUCGAUUUGUCGGGUAAUAAUAUCUUUCAAAUCUACGUGAAUUUCCCGAUGAGGCUACCCUCGCUACGUACGUUGCAUCUGAAUAACAAUCAACUGACGGCAAUUGAUGUGGGCUAUUGGUAUAUGCCCGAGCUGACCACGUUCGAUUUGUCCUCGAACAAGCUAAAGUAUAUUGCCAAAUACAACAGCAAUCAGAUGGAGAAACUGUGUGCUAUUAAAGCGGAGCGGAACCGCUGGAACUGCAAGUGGCUCAGUGAGUUCCUGCACGCUUGCUUUCACUUCCGAGGGUACGGUUUUAGCGAUCAGCAAUUCGAGUGCGAUGAAGGCGAAGAGUGGCAGGAAAAUUGCUGCUACGGUAAUGAAACCGAAUCCGGCUAUCAGGAAUACCUGAAGGCGAUGCAGAUGAUCUGA